AUGGGAAAAAUUAUACUUUUCUUGUGUUUGGCGUUUGUUGGAGUGAGUUUUUUGUGAAACGUUUUCGUUUUGGUGGUAGAAUUUUUUCACAGAAUCAUUUUUUAGGUUGGAGCCAAGAUCAUUUUCAGAGAAAAACCACAAUUUGAAAUCAGUGGAAAAAUCGAAAAAUGUCCAGAGGUAAUUGUAGUUUUCAGUGCUCUUAAAUAUGAAAUAAAUCAAUAUUCUUCGAUUUCCGAAAUUCGAAAACGAAAAAAUCUCAAAAUAGAUAUUUCAUCAUCGCCUCAAAAUAGAUUCACCAAAAAUUGUUUACAAGUUAUUUCUCAACAAUAAUUGAUAAGAAGUGAAGUCCUUAAGAAGAUUACUGUAUUUAUGUUUUUACAGGGUGAAUAUUAUGAUGCUUUCAUCGAGGAAUGUUUUGCCUGCUCACAAUGUUCCAAUUUCAUGUAUGAGAUGUAAGUUCCUAGAUAAAUCUCUGAAUAAAAAUCCGAAAUCGAAUUCAUAGAAAAUCGUGUACUCCAACAAACAAUGCAGUCUGUGGCUGGUGUGGAAAUCAUCCAGAUGUUGAGAAAAUGUCGGAAAAGUUUGUGAUAAGCUCAUUUUUAUUGAUUUUUUUUUCAAAAAAAAAUUUAGGGUUUUGGUGUCAUAUCAGAACAAAUGUUUGAUGUCAAGUUUAUCAUUUGUUGAUUUUAUGAAAAUGGAACCAGAAGAGAUGGAACAAUUGAGACUUAAUUCGAAAUAUGCGGAACUUCUUGAUGAUGAUGAGGAUGAUGAAGAAGAAGAAGAAGAUUGGAAUGAGGAUGAAAAUUCAUUUGAAGAUUCAGUUGAAGAACUUGACAGAGUUCGUUGAAUACAUUAAAUAGGGCUAUAGAGAUUUUUCGAAAAAAAAUAAGAGAACUCUAUUCAGAUACGGAAAAUCGAGAGACUUGAGAUACUGAAUUUCUAAAAACAACAUUAAAAAUAGAUCCUGUUUUCUGAACUUCCCUUUAAGAUAAUUAUUUUUGAUUAUUCAGAGACACAUGUUCGUCCCAAUUAGUGAAUCCGAUGAACGACAAAAUGCAGAUCUUGAAGUUUAUGAUUCCUAUGAGUAUGAUCCAAAAUCACCAGAAAAUGACGAAGAAGAUUCCCAAGCAGCUGAUGACAACGAUGAAGACAUGAAAAUUGUUCGAAGCGAAAUCAAAAAAUAUUUUGAUUUGAAAAAAAGUAUGCAAGAAGAUGAUACCGAAGAAAUUCUCCCACUCAAAAUUGCAUUCGAUGAUAAUUCUGAUUCUGAAGAAAACGAUGACGACUCAAAAUUUGACCAAAUUUGGAUCGAUGAUCGUGUUUUAAAAUUUGAAUUGGGAAGUGACAAAAUUGACAAAGAAGAAUGGAAAAGACAAGCUGAAUUGAAGUGAGACCACCGCUUGCUUGCUUUGUUUUCUUCUCCUCAAAAACAUUAGUGAAAUUUUCAGAGAAAAAUUGAUCAUUGAUAGUAUCAAUGCUCAACGUCAAAAAGCAAUUCAUCUUCGUGUUCUCUUCCUUUGUGCAUGCUUUCUCAUUAUCGCACUUUUCGUUCGUCAUACUUGCAGACGUCAUCCAACUUUCCGAACUGUUCAUCUCCAUCAUAUCGAUGAGAAAAGUAAGCAAUUAUGAAUUUAAGAUUUUUCUUAAAUGUAAUCAUAAUUUUCAGUUUUGAAAGAAAGUGGAGCUAAUGCUGAGAAAGCCAACAAAUACGCUUACGAUGGACCAGCUGAAGCUGUUUAA